CGCCCGUGCUCUAUUUCGAGAAAAAAACAACAACACAUCUUUCAUCAGAGAGAGAAAGGACUCCACAGGCUUCUAGUCUUCUACAUCAAUUGCGCAACAGACUACAGAAACGAAAUACUUUUGUGUCAAAGACUCAAAAGUAGUACAAAUAACAAACAAAAUCGACAUAUGUCAAUUAGUUUUCUUUUUUCGCAUAGACAUCUCAAAGAUACAAUAUGCCUAUCACACGUGUACACGCCCGUUCCAUUUUCGACUCUCGUGGUAACCCCACUGUUGAGGUCGACCUUACCACUGAACAUGGUAUGUUCAGAGCCGCUGUGCCCUCUGGUGCCUCCACUGGUAUCCACGAGGCCCUAGAGAUGCGUGACGGAGGUUCCGACUACAUGGGAGCUGGUGUCAGCAAGGCUGUAGCGAAUGUAAACAACGUUCUAGCCCCUGCUCUAGUGGGAAAGGACAUUGACAUUGCUGAUCAGAAGGCUGUUGAUGAUCUAUUAUGCGGACUGGACGGUACCGCCAACAAGGGUAAGCUUGGAGCUAACGCCAUCCUUGGUGUGUCCAUGGCUGCCUGCAAGGCCGGAGCCGCCAAGAAGGGCGUGCCUCUAUACCGUCACAUUGCUGACCUUUCCGGUCGCGAGAUCAGUCUACCUGUACCUUGUUUCAACGUUAUCAACGGAGGUUCGCACGCCGGUAACAAGCUGGCCAUGCAGGAGUUCAUGAUCUGCCCCGUUGGUGCCACCACCUUCACUGAGGCCAUGAAGAUGGGUUCAGAGACAUAUCACAACUUGAAGAAGUUGAUCAAGAAGAGAUACGGACAGGACGCCGCCGCCAUCGGAGACGAGGGAGGUUUCGCCCCUAACAUUCAGGACAACGAGGAGGGUCUUGAUAUGUUGGUAAAGGCAAUUGAUGUUGCAGGAUACACCGGCAAGAUCAAGAUUGCUAUGGAUAUCGCUGCCGCUGAGUUUUACAAGGAUGGCAAGUACGAUCUUGACUUCAAGAACCCCGAGUCAGAUCCCUCUACCUGGGUUGACGGUAAGGGUCUAGCUGCCACUCUUGCUGAAUUCUGCGACAAGUACCCUGUUGUGUCCAUUGAGGAUCCAUUUGACCAGGAUGAUUGGGAGUCGUACAGUCAUUUCACCAGCCUAGGUAAAUGUCAGGUUGUCGGAGAUGAUCUUCUAGUAACCAACCCCGCACGUAUCAAGAUUGGUAUCGAAAAGAAGGCCGUAAACUCGCUUCUAUUGAAGGUUAACCAGAUUGGUUCGAUCUCUGAGGCCAUCCAGGCUUGCAAUGAUGCCAAGGCCGCCGGAUGGACCACCAUGGUCUCACACAGAUCAGGUGAGACCGAGGAUACCUUUAUUGCCGAUCUUGUUGUAGGUCUAGGUACUGGACAGAUCAAGACUGGUGCCCCAUGCCGAUCUGAGCGUCUGGCCAAGUACAAUCAGCUUCUUCGUAUUGAGGAGGAGCUUGGUGCCAGUGCAAAGUACGCUGGUGCCUCCGCCUUCAACUAAAUAGUUGAUUGACAAAGUAGAAUAUACCAUGGAAUCAAAAUUAAGAGAUUCAAUUAUAUAAAAGAAGAAAAUAUAGGAUUCUUGGUUUUUAUAUACUAUAGAUGUAAUCGACUUGUUUGUACGAGCAAUUUCAAAUAUGCAUUUACUAAUACAUUGUUAUCUUCAGCUAUUUAAAAAUAAGAGGUUCUUUCAAUCAUGCAAAAGAAGAAAAUAUAGGUUUCUUGGUUUAUAUAUAAUAUAUUAGGUGCAUUCGGCUUGCCGUACGCGAGUAAUUGCGAAUAUAUUCUUCGUACGCUACGUUACCCUCAAGGUAAAUGCGGAAGGUUAAAUGUGGGUAUUCACUGCUGCUGACGAAUUGAAUAUUGAGCUGUUCAAAAUUAGUUUCUCAGUACUAGAUAUAUUUUUAGAACUUAUAAACUGCACAUACUACGACUGUUUGAAUUUGUGUUUUCCAUAGUACUAGGUACAUUUUAAUAUGUUUGUAACAUAACAUGACCUUAUUUCUGGUUUCUAACACGACAUCGAAACACCGUGAAUGAACUAUGUACUGAUAUCUAACAAAGCGAAUGACAUAGUUGUACCGAAGACAGUACUUGUGCGGACAAACCGUUCCGUGAAAAGCAUUCGUUGUUCAUGCCAUCCAACAAACUGUGAAUAGCCAUCGAAAUGGAAGCAGUCUUCCAAAUAUGAGUAUCUUUUCAUACAUAAGUGAACGGAACAGGAGUCGUAUUUACAUUAUAAUAGACUCACUCCUAUAAAUAAACACGAACGUGACUAAAGGCG